AUGGCUCCCUAUGAUGCUUUAUACGGGAGGAAGUGUCUUACACCAUUAAAUUGGUACGAACUCAAGGAUCGGGAUGUUCUUGGUCUUAACUUGAUCAAGGAAGUAGAGGAGAAAAUUCAAGUGUUACGUUUUGGACGAAAAGGAAAAAUUAGCCCCAGAUUUAUUGGUCCGUAUGAGAUUGUUAAGAGAGUGGGACCAGUGACAUAUCAGUUGGCUUUCCCACCAGAACUGGAGAAGAUUCAUGAUGUUUUCCAUGUUUCUAUGCUUAGAAGAUAUCGAUUUAAUCCUUCUUAUAUCGUUGCACCAGAAGAGAUAGAAGUUCAACCUGACUUAACUUGUGAGGAAGAACCGGUGCAAAUCUUGGCAUGUGAAGUUAAACAGCUCAGAAAUCAGACGAUUCCAUUAGUCAAGGUUUUGUGGAGGAAUCACAAAGUAGAGGAAGCAAUAUGGGAAUGUUAA